AUGAGAGGAAACAAGAGGGUGGGUGGAAUGAGUUUUGGUUUGGCGUUUGUCAUCAGAUACGACAAAAAAAAUUCAAACCACCAAUCUGCGGAAAAACUUAUUCAGUCAGGAAUCAUCUGUCGACGAAUAAUAUUGUCGUUGGUGAAGUUAAGUGAAAAAAAUAAUUCAAAUUCAAUAAAAAUUUUAAAAGUUGUCAUUGGAUGUGGAUUAAAUUUUGCUUUUAUUAAGACAAAUGAAUUCGCAAUGGGAUGUAGAGUUGAUUUUCACCAAUUUUAUUUCUAUUUCGACGUUUUGUCUUUCAGUAUAUUCUCAAUGGUUGACAAGCAAGCUGCAUCAAAGCCUCAUGAGAUGAACAAUAGAGAGUUGGUUCGCUUAUACAUGGCUGCAACGCCAUCGUAUUUCUUCACACCGCCAAGUUCACUCCAUCAAGCUGGUCACAAUUUCUUCUUCAGUGAAAUGCUGAAAAGUCUCGUUCAAAAGCGUAAAUCUGACGAACUCAACUCAACAAUGAAGUCAAAGACGAUACCGAAGAAGACAAGAAAAUCAUUUUACCAUUAUCAGAAGCCACUUGAAACUGAUUGGAAACGACAGAAAUUAACUGAUAGACCGAAAACACCAACUAACGAGAAUGAAGAUCCGAAAGUUUCUUCAGCGAAUGAGAACAGUCAAGAUUCAGUGAUUAAUGUUGAUAAAGACGAUCCACAACCUUCUCCUCUAACUGAAGUCACACAAACACAACCCAACAAUUCUGCUUUCUAUCCAUACGUCGAUCCUUUGCAUUUCUUCAUUGAUUUGAGGGUUUCCGCCGGACAAGUCUACGACAGGAAGAAGGAAACUUAUCUCAGUCAAGCGUUGAAAAGCAACAUUCCGCUGGAUCCUACUUGGACUAAUCCAAUUAUUGGAAAGAAUCGUGUUGGUUCAGCUUUCAAAGUACCAGAGACAAACAACUUCAGUGCAAUUAAUUUAAUUGCCAACAACGAUCAUUCAUCGUCAACGAAGUUUAAUUCACGUUCGGAAUAUGAAACUGAAAGUGCAAGUGAUAAAAGUGAAGAUGUUGAAGUGCAAAUCUUCGAUUCAGACACAAAAACUGAUCACGAUAAUUAA